AUGGCGGCCGCUGGUCACCUCAUCUUUGCCAUGGCCGGUCCCUCCACUGCUACUGAAAAGCUGAGGCCGUUUGUGGUCGAUGUCAUGGGGAAAAGCAUAAUAGAUAUGGGAGAAGACGUCCGUAAAUCAAGCUUGCUAAAGAUAUCAGGAAAUAUCUUUGUCAUUGGCUUUCAGGAGUUGACCGCCGAAGCGCAAGUCUUUGCCGAGAAAACCGGGCUCGGUACCCGCCAAAUGGAGCAGUUCAUCAGGGACAUGUACGGGCCCGUUAUCGAGAGCUACUCUAAGCGGAUGACAACGGGCGCAUACGCGCCACCCCUGGGUACACCCCCUGGCUUCGCAGUGUCCCUGGCGGCCAAGGAUGCCGGACACGCUGUGAGGAUCGCCGAGGAGCAUGUACUCAACAAGCAGAUAUUACCGACAGCCCAGACUGGCCAAGAAUGA